AUGGUCCGCAACAUCGUCUUGCUCGGCGGCAAUUCGCAUCCCCAACUAACGGAAAAUGUCUCCAACAUCCUCGGCAUUCCUUCUUGCGAUCGCAUCCUAAGCAAAUUUUCUGGCGGUGAAAGCCGUUGUGAAAUCAAAGACUCGGUCCGUGGCAAGGAUGUCUACAUCGUCCAGUCUGGCUCCGGCCAUGUCAAUGACAACCUCAUCGACCUCUGCAUCAUGAUCUCUGCAUGCAAAACUGGAUCUGCAAAACGAGUUACCGCAGUCGUCCCUCUCUUUCCUUACUCGAGACAGCCCGAUUGGCCCUACAAUAAAGCCGGCGCGCCAUUGUCAAGAUCUUCCGAGGCCCCCAGAAAAGACUACACCUUCGAGAGCGUGCCGGCCACACCUCGCCCUGGUGGUCCUCGCAGCCAUGGUUUGAGCAACGGCGCCUUCAGCCUUAGCGACAAGCUUCAAAAAACGACCAUUUCAGAGACCAAUGGCACAGACUACUUUCCUAAGAGGUCAGAUACUCUGUCCAGUGUGGGCUCCAAUGGGCGCGGGCACACGGCGGAGAAUUCCAUCUCAUCUCAACGAAGCUUCACCACACACGACUAUGAGAACCCCAACAGCGUCGCUGCUACCUUCCAGGCCAAGCCCGGCUACAAGCAAUGGGUGGCGCAGGCCGGCACUCUAGUUGCCGACCUUCUCACUUGCGCCGGCGCUGACCACAUCAUCACCAUGGACUUGCACGACCCUCAAUAUCAGGGUUUUUUCGACAUUCCUGUCGACAACCUCUACGGCAAGCCUCUCAUCCAAAGUUACAUCCAGAAGCACAUCCCCGGUUAUGGAGAAGCCGUGAUUGUCUCUCCGGACGCUGGUGGUGCGAAGCGAGCCACAGCCAUCGCCGACAGCCUCAAGAUGGACUUUGCUCUCAUUCACAAGGAACGACGUCCCAUCAAGUUUACGGAGCAGCGAAAUGCCAGCAUGAUGCUUGUUGGUGAUAUUGCCAAUCGCGUUUGCAUCUUGGUUGACGAUCUGGGCGACACCGCCAACACCAUCACACGCGCUGCCAAAUUACUGAAGAAGGAGGGAGCUACCAAGGUCUAUGCUCUACUCACUCACGGUGUCUUCAGCGGUGACGCCAUUCCUCGCUUGAAUGCGUCUGCUAUUGACAAGAUUAUUGUGACCAACUCGGUCCCUCAGGAGGAGCAUCGUCGGCUGUGUCCCAAGUUGGAAGUGUUGGAUGUAUCCCCCAUCUUUGCUGAAGCUAUUCGCCGCGUCCAUCACGGUGAAUCCAUUAGCAGACUCUUCCAGUACGACUAA